AGAACUUGCAUAUUUAGGACAAUUCGUCUGCUAUUAACUGUGCUGUAAAAGUUGUUGAUCACAAUUAUUUAAGCUUUUGUUCUCAGAAAAAAACAUGUCACGGCUUACACGACUAAAUUUAACCCCCCCUCCUCUAAACGCCCCAGGAUAACCUUUCACCUACACGAGGAGAGACUGGAUUAAGGCCAAAAGAAGCUAAUGCUAUUGUGCGCUGUUGUCCCCUCACUAAUGCACGACUAUAAUUGCGGGGUUACAUGCAUUGUUCAGUGUCCUGCUGCUAAUAAACCUCUUAGCAAUCUGAAGGGUUUCUCAAGUCUUGCAACACCAGUCACAAUGAGGAUCAGACUCCAGUCCUUCUCUUCUACUGUGACGACACACACACACACGCACAUGCACAUUCACAUGCCCGUCUCCUGCCUGCGAUUACCGUCCAAAUCGGACUCCCUCCUGCCCGCAUUCCUCAGUCGACCCCACUGCAUGACCACACGGGACUCUGCCACAGCGAGGACUGGACCGCCUGCUUUCGGGUCUGUUAUACGGCCGGCUGGGAGGACCUGAGGAGAGGUUCGACUCACUAGGAAUCAGUUCAAGUUGCUCACAGGGAGCUGAGCAGCGGGCCGCGUUAAUGGCUACAACCGAACUGGCCAAAGAAGCCUGAGGAGAAACCAAGCCGGGGGGGGAGGGGAUUUCUUCCACUGGAUUUUACCUUUUUGCCCUGAAAGGACAGCUCCUUUAUUUUCUAUUUUAGUCAUCUUUACGUAACCUUCCCGACCUUAAGGACAAACAGGUAGCAAAACUAACCCCGCGGGGAUUUAAAAGAUGGAGCCCUUCACAGACCUUCCACGCGUGCGCUCCGACAGCGUGAGCAGCUCAGUGUCUCAGGGCUCGAGGUCCAAGAUGCUCCUCCGGCAGCGCUUGUCUCAGCUGCUGACCUGCAUAGACGACAUGAGCUCCGAUGACGAGGCCAGCGAAGAAGUGUCCCGCACUCUGGACGAAGCCUUUCAGCUCUGCGGCCGCUUCAUUCCCACAGAUGCAUUCAGGCUGCACAUAGUGACCUGGAACGUGGCCACGGCGGAGCCCCCCGAAGACGUCACCUCUUUGCUGCAGCUGGAUGUCCAGCCCCCCGCAGACCUCUACGUGAUCGGCCUGCAAGAGGUAAACGCCACACCUGUGAGGUUCAUCUCCGACCUGUUAGCGGAGGACGCCUGGAGCCAUGUCUUCAUGGACACACUGGCACCCAGAGGCUUUGUCAAGGUCACAUCAAUGAGGAUGCAGGGUUUGCUGCUGCUGGUUUUCGCCAAACAAUUACAUCUCCCCUUCAUCAGAAACAUCCAGGCCACCUACACUCGGACCGGUUUCUUUGGUUACUGGGGUAAUAAAGGAGGAGUGACCGUCCGUUUCUCCUUCUACGGCCACAUGGUGUGCUUUCUUAACUGCCACCUAGCGGCCCACAUGAACUACGCCCUGCAGCGGGUGGAUGAGAUCGAGUACAUCCUGGAGACUCAAGACCUCGACCUCUCUGACACCCCACACGUCAGGGACCACAAGGCGGUGUUCUGGUUUGGCGACCUGAACUUCCGCAUUGCGGACCACGGCCUGCACUUCCUCCGUUCGUCCAUUAACAGCGGGCGCCUUAAUUUGCUGUGGAACAAAGACCAGCUCACCAUGAUGAAGAAGACGGAAGCCUUCCUGCAGGAAUUUGAGGAAGGGCCGUUGAACUUCAAACCCACCUACAAGUUUGACCGUAACUCUGAAACCUACGACACCAGCCCUCCGAGGACAUGGUUUGGUUUUACUGGCAAGAAGAGGAAACCUGCCUGGACGGAUCGGAUCCUCUGGCGCAUCAAACCCAAGACCUUCCCAUCAGAGGAUGAGGAUGAGAAGGCUUCGACUUCUUCCGAUGAAGGUGUCGAUGAGUAUCCACUCCUGGUCACUCAGGACAAGUACACCAGUGACAUGAGCUACGGAGCCAGUGACCACAAGCCCGUCAUUGCCACCUUCAGCCUGGAGCUGAAGAAGUGCUUCGACACACCCCUGGUGCACGUAUCUCCUCUGGGUGUGUGGAGCGCCGACCAGGAGGCCCUUCUCAACUACACCGUGCAGGAGGACUUCCUGUCCUCCACGUGGGACUGGAUCGGCCUGUACAAGGUGGGAUUCAAAAGUGCGUUUGAUUAUGAAACUUUUGUCUGGGUUAGAGAGGAAGAUUUGCCAGAGAUAAAUGAAGUCAUCCAGCUACAUGUUGAUAAGGACGAGAUCCCUCUGCUGAGUGGACAUUACGUUUUGGGUUACUACAGUACAAACAUGAAAAGCAUCAUCGGCCUCAGUGCUGACUUCCAGAUCCUGGAGUCAAAGCGUGCCGUCAUGGAAGGUCUCGUUCCUGAAAACAUCAACGGACUCAACCAAUGAGAACAAAUUCACCACAUUCCCAAAUCAUAUUUCUCUACCCUGGAAAUUCACAGAGCAUUUAUUGUGUCUUUGAAAGGCCCCAAGAUCAACUUAAUAAUCACUACUGGAUAAGCAGAUUCAGUCAGUAAAUAAUGUCCAAAAACUUAAACUUGUUGUUUCCAACUUUGCCUUUAAGAAGUUCCCUUUAAGUCAGUUUUACGCUCGCUGAAACACUUUGUCAACGAAUUUGAUGUAUUGCUGUAAUAAGCAUCCUACUUUCUCCACAGGCCUUUUUAAAGGACAAAGUCACAUUUUGUUUGUAAUUGUAGUGACUGCAGGUCAAUACAUUCCAUGGUCAAAUUAUAUUUGAAAAUACACUUUUAUGUUUUGAUUUGGGCUACAGUAUGUUAGUGCCAGUGCAGAAGGUCAUUGGGGACUGUAUAGAACAUUCUAUGCUGAUGUUGGCUGUUACUUUAAUGCAGAAGGAUACAUCUGGUAAUUGAGUUUUUUUUUAAUUCAUGCAAUGGAUUGUGGAACUCUAGUGUUUUUGGAUGGAAUGCUACAAAUGGGAGAACAAUAUAUAAACUAUAAUGGACAAAUUACGUCCUCUAAGAACAUUUAACAUUAGAUGUGGGUGUUGAUGAAGACUUUAAUCAUACUGCAUUAUAACAAUUGUAGUUAACACAUAUUUUUUAUGUGUAUUAUGACCAACUCAAAGGCAGUGAACCGACUCCUGAUUAUAUUGUAUGUGGAAUAAAUUAUUUAUCUAUCCUGCUUUAAACUUGUUAACUGUAGCGGCUCACAUUAGUGCUACAGAGGAUGCCUUUUUCUGUCUCAAUGCAAAUAUGAUGAUUUUUCUGUCAAAGAAUAACUAAUUGUAAACAUGGUUGUGGUAUAGUGAAAUUGUCUCUAGUUGAUUGAGUUAUCAACAUCACAGCAACAGUGCACAAUGAUCAGCAAUAACCUAUAUUGGAAUCAUGUGUUUUAAUGUGGAAUGACAUGCAUGAAUUACCACAUGUUGGUUGGAAAGUGUCAGGAAAAAUGCCUUUAAUGUCAAUUUGUGAAACCCCCGGAAAAUGUUUCAGAUCUAAUUAAAACAGAAAAUUAAAAGUUGACUACGAGAGUU